CCUGCAUUUACUCGUCGGAGACCGGCCUAUGGAGUGAUCUUAUCUCAACACCGGUUCCAUCCGAGGACUCUAUGACACUGGGGAUCAGGCCCGCUGUGCUGGCUGGGGAUUCCCUUUACUGGACAAUUACUGGGAACUGGCGUGCAGUUCUCGAGUUUGAUCUGAAUAGGCUGAGCCUAGCUGUGAUACACCUGCCACUGGAUAAGUUUGCAUACUGCGAGCUUUGGAACAUCACGGUUAUGCCAGCAGAGGGUGGCGGGCUCGGCUUACUCCUCGUGUCAGAUUUGACCGCCCAAUUAUGGAACAGGGAUACUGAUUGUGACGGUGUUGCUUCAUGGGUGUUGAGAAGGACUAUUGAACUGGGCGAGCUACUUUCCCUGAAUUCAGAGGAGAGACAGUUCGUAAUGAUUAUAGGGUUUGCUCAGUACAAUAAUGCAGUCUUCCUGCAGACAGAUAUCAGCCUUUUCAUGGUCCAGCUUGACUCGUUGCAGUUCAAGAAAUUUCCCGAACCCUACAUGGGACGUUGCUGUCAUCCAUUUGAAAGUAUCUAUGCUGCAGGUAUCUAGAACUGUAUUCCGGUUGCUGAGAUGCAGGAAUGGACUUGUUCGCGGAAGGUCCUUCUGUUUGGAACUU